AUGGAUUCCAAGGCAAUUCUCUUCCUAUGCCUUCUGCCUGUAGUUCUGGUGAUUGCUUCAGAGGUCACAGCCAGGGAGAUGCAUAACAUACAAUAUAGAACCAAUGCUGCAGAGAAGCGUAUUAAUGGUCUGGAAGAAUCCAAGUAUCCUGGUGGUGGAUAUGGAGGGUACCCUGGUGGUGGAUAUAGGGGUUACCCCGGUGGUGGUUCUGGUGGCGGUCGUGGUGGUUAUGGUGGUGGCUGCGGUGGUUAUGGUGGUGGUGGAUACUGCCGCUAUAGUUGCUGUGGCCGAGGUUAUUAUGCUGGUGAGUCUGUGGAUGCUGAGCCUGAAACCGAACCACAAAACUAA